AUGGACUAUCGCACAGAGAGAACAUCUGGUGUUGUGGUCUGCCGAUGGUACAACAAUCGUCCCGUCACUGUUGCUUCGAACGUACACAGCGUGAAACCUGUUGACACUUGUAGGCGAUACGACAGAAAGCUGAAGAAAUUCGCCGACGUUCCGAGGCCUAACAUUGUCCAAGCAUACAACCAGAGCAUGGGUGGUGUAGACAGGGCUGACAUGUUACUGGCAUUCUACAGGAACACGCUAAAGACAAAGAAGUGGUACAAAAGAGUACUCUUCCACCUCCUUGACCUAUCCGUCGUGAAUUCGUGGCUUCUCUAUCGCGAACUCAACCAGAGCAAAAGGCAACUAGCUGACUUCAAACUGUCCAUAGCGUUUGGUCUAAUGCGCUCACAGGAGGGUAUGAGGGCUUCGCCGGACGAGCAGAGCGGCUCCAAUGAUUCAGCUUCAGAGAACCGUCCAGCGCGUAACCCCUUACCAGGUCACGGUGUCACAGGCAUCAUGUCAAGGCGCGCAAGUCACGUUGUCGAAUCGGUGCGUUAUGAUGGCGUCAACCAUUGGCCAGUGAAGAUACCGCAGAAGAAUGCUCCAACAUGCAAGCUGAGCACGUGCGAAAGGCGCUCCCGGUCCUACUGCAAAAAAUGUGCCGUUUAUUUGUGCGUGGAUGAAGGCGAACUGAACUGCUUCGAAAAAUUUCAUCGCGCAUAGUUUUAUCGCACUGUAAGCGGGCCGCUCCGUUCCUGGUUGCAACAUAUGUGGCACCAAUAAAAAACACAUUUCUAGCAAUUUUACACCAAACUUUUUUUUCGUUUCUUGUUUCUGUGGGCCUGAUGCCUA